AUGAUAUUAAUCAACAUAAAUUAUAAUUUGUGGCUUUGCAAAGUUGUGGCAGCUAUAUUUGGUCCUUUGGUUUGGCGAGCCAGUAAAGAGAGGAAAAAGACAAAAGCUCAACGAAGCGCCAAGUGCAAUAGUGGUGACAGUGGAAUUCAAAUCGAACCAAGCGAACUCGGAAGUUGUUCUGUGGGAGUCGAUAGCUGUGAUGAAGGCUGUGCGCCAGAUAGUUUGACAGAUUCUGGCAAUGUCAGAACAAAUUCGGAUACGACAAGGGCUCUUUUCGAGAGAUUAAAGGUUGAACUCACUAAAGGAAAUCGUCAUCCCAACGUACGACGAGCUCAUUCUGAUAUUAGCAGCUCAAGCAGUGGUGGUCAAAGGUUACUCCAGUGGAGUGCUAGUAGGAAAUUCCAGGGACCAAGUACGCCCCUUAGACCGCACUUCGGUUCACUUCGUGCACGUCGGAUGAGGAGGUCUUUGAGUCAGUGCGAUAUUGACAAAUAUGACAGCCCGCAUCUUCGUAGGAAAAAUAAAUUAGUAACGAAUCAAAAUACAGACGAAGAAAGAACUUCGGAAGAUGAAUGUGUCAGCGAUUCUGGUUCGUCACUAAGCCAUACGGAUUUACUAGUCAUGCACGCGACGAACGUGCAGGAUUCUCAGGACUCCAGUUGUCCAGAUUGCGAGGAAUGUUGUCAAGCACAGGAUGCCUGUUCGGAUCCCGUAUGCCAGGGCAUAUGGGGAGAAGCAGUCUGGGACCAUGUAGCAAUGGACCCCAAAGAAUUGGCGUUGAAAGCUGGUCAGUCGGUUCUAAUUCUUGAUCAGAGGGACAACGACUGGUGGUGGGGCCAAGCUGAUAGGAAAACAGGGUGGUUUCCUGCUGCUUUUGUUAGGCUUCUCGUUUCCCAAGAUUUGCCUACACAAACUCUAUCAACACCUCGACAUGAAACGAUCAGAUCUAAUGUUAUAUUGGAACUCAUUCAUACCGAAAGAGAUUUCGUAAAUAUAAUGACAGACGUCGCCGAUGGGUAUAUGGCGGAGUGCAAACGUCGACCAGAUAUGUUCACACAAGAACAAAUAAAUAAUAUAUUUAGCAAUUUGGAAGAACUUUUAGCAUUUCAAAGGACGUUUUUGAAUGAUUUGGAAAAAUCCAUUGUGUGGGAAACGCCACAUACUAGCUGCGUCGGGGAAGUGUUUCUCAAUAAUAAAUCUGGUUUCCAAUUAUAUUCGGAAUAUUGCAAUACACAUCCCAUUGCAAUUACAACAUUACAAGCGGUUUUAACGUCACAACCUCACGCGCAUUUUAUGGAGGCAUGCCGCCUAUUGAGAGGCCUACCACCUCUUCCUUUAGGUGCAUUAUUAGCUCCUGUUCAAAGAAUUUGCAAAUAUCCUUUGCAAUUGGCCGAACUACUAAAAUAUACACCUGAAGAGCAUAAAGAUUUCAAAUAUAUACAAGAAGCACUAACUUGUAUGAGAGGUGUAGCUAUUUUAAUUAAUGAACGCAAAAGGAAAAUGGAAUCUUUAGAAAAACUAGCUGAAUGGCAAAAACGAAUUGAUGGAUGGGAGGGGGAAGACUUAAUAGAAAGAAGUUCUCAGCUCAUCCAUCAAGGAGAAGCAGUCAAAAUGUCUACGAGCAUGUGGUCAUUUUCUGUCACACUAUUUUUAUUUGAUCAUCAAAUCAUUUAUUGCAAAAAAGAUAUACUGAAACGAAACACAUACAUAUAUAAAGGACGAAUUCUAUUGGAUGAUACAGAAUUUUUUGAUGUCGUUGAUGGAAAAGACAUGCCAUUAGGCAUUUCUUCGAGGCAUUGUUUCAGAUUGUUUUCACAUAAAGAUAACAAAUCGACAAUAUUUUAUGUAAGAUCGUCGAAAAGUAAACAGAAGUGGUUAGAGGCUUUAAAACAAGAGCGAUUAAUUAUUGCUGAUGACCAACAAGAUUUUAAAAUCACUCCACAAGUCAAGAGGCUGGCUUUGCUUGCCAGCUCAAAGGAGCCUGCAGGAUUUAUGAAAUCAUGCAAUUCCACCGAUUGCGAAAACAUAUCAAUAGGACAAAUGGUCGGCACAUGGUUCAAACGUUCGAAUAAGACUUCUUAUAGACAUAACGCACAUCUAUCAAGCAAUGAAGAAAGCAGUCAAAUUUCUAGUUCCUGAGAGUGGGAAAGUACUUUAUUAUAGAUUCAAUUAUUUUAUUAGGCAAAAUAAAAUGACCACCAGUAUUUAUUCAAUAUGUUAAUUGUAUAGCAGGA